CAACCCCCACCCCCAACCCCCACCCCCUUGCAUCACUAUCCAGUCCUUUUCCGAGAAGGAUGUUCAAUUCAGGAGGCAGAAAGAGUGAUGACAGUGUUUUAACCGCAGCUGGGGAGACAGCCGGGCUCAGACCCAGAGCCUCUUUGGAGGAGGACACAUGCUAUGUGAGUACUGACGCAGACCCGGGGUCGGAUGAUGAACUGCUCGAGAAGCUGGAACGGUGCGUGUUGUGUGAGUGAGUGCGUCCUAGAGACUCUGUGCGUAGCAAAGACGUCUGUUCCCUUCUCACCAUCCAUGCACUGUGAUAACACCAAAAAGAAAAACACACCUCUCUCUCUCUAUAUAUAUAUCUCCAUCUAUCUCCAUCUCCAUCUCCAUCUGCCUGCCUGUCACUCUCCCACCUCCACCUCCACCUCCACCUCCUUCUAAUUGCCCGAGGGCCAUCAUCAGAAGAUAUUAUUAAUAUUUCACACCUCUCCCAGCAUCCUCUCCUCGCUUCCUCUUCCCACCAGUCCAAUAUGGCCACUCUGCAACAUCACCGGCAGCUCCUCACGCAUGGCACGGAAGUGAGCUGCGACUCCAGCGGUGAUGGCGCCGUGACCGUGAGGAUUAGUAACAGCGCACCACACGUGCAUCGACAUGAGCCGCUGAGGGCUGCCAGCGGUGGAGCAGCAGGAGGAGGAGGAGGAGGAGGAGGCUAUGGGGGGGCUGUGAGCAAAAAGAACCCUAACCUCCACAAAUACAGCAUCUCCUCAAGUUGCAGCUCGGCAGACUCCAGACCUGCUGGCACCUCAGCUCUGAGGGUGCAGAGGAAGGCGCCUCCGCUGUUCGAACGCUCCGCCGCUCAGUGCUGGGACCCCAAGUUUGACUCCCCCAUCCUGGAGGACGCCUGCCAAGAGAGGUGCUUCCCUCAGACACAGCGGCGCUUCCGUUAUGUCCUGUUCUACCUGGCCGUGGCCGCUGUGCUCUGGGGGGUGUACUUCGGGGUCAACAGCGACCGCUGCAACCCCAUGACCUUCCUAGCACCCACAGCCUCCUUCUUAGUCAUCCUGGUGCUCCUCUUUUUGUUCACCUUAACCCAGCCCUACACAUGGCUGUACAACCAAACCUCCUUGUUCCUGAUCGCGGUCACCUUCGCCAUCACGUUAGCUCCUCAGAUCCAGACUGCUGGCUACGCUGAGCAGGAGGUGGCUGGCGGUGGGAACGACUCAUAUCCCUCAGCAGACAAAGUAGCGCCAGCUCCAAUACCUUGCAUCUCCCCCGUGGGCACCUUUUCCCUGUGCAUGGAGGUUUUGUUGUUGUUAUACAGCGUCCUCCAUGUCCGCCUGUAUGCCUCCGUGAUCCUGGGUCUCCUGUAUUCUAUAUUAUUUCAGGCAUUAGAAUGGCUGCCAUUGCUUCAAAAGAGUUAUGACAGUGCCGGAUGGGGGGCAGGGUCAGCGGGUUCAGCUCCCGAUGGGAAAGAAGACACCCUCCGAUGGCUAGGCCCGGCCAAAGCUCUGCUCCACCUGUGUGCCCAUGUCAUUGGCAUCCACCUGUUCAUCAUGUCGGAGGUGCGUUCCCGCAGCACCUUCCUCAAAGUGGGCCAGGCUAUCAUGCAUGGCAAAGACUUGGAGGUGGAGAAGGCCUUGAAAGAGCGUAUGAUCCACUCCGUCAUGCCGCAGCGAGUUGCAGAUGAGUUGAUGAAACAAGGCGAUGACGAGGGCGGUGGAGAGAACUCCGGCAAGCGUUAUUCCUCUGGUGCCUGCUCCGCAUCGGCCGUCUCAGUGGGUGGUGGAGGAAGCGGUGGAGCUUCACAAGCCCAAUGUGCCACAAGUGCCAAGAGUUACCCUUACAACAAUCACAAACGCAAGAAGACCUCCAUCCCCAGUGGACAGAUCAUCUUUCGGCCUUUCAAUAUGAAACGCAUGGAGCCUGUCAGCAUCCUCUUUGCGGAUAUUGUGGGUUUCACUAGAAUGUCCGCCAACAAGUCAGCACCGGCCCUGGUGGGCCUUCUCAACGAUCUGUUCGGACGCUUCGACCGUCUCUGUGAACUAACCUGUUGCGAGAAGAUCAGCACUCUGGGAGAUUGCUACUACUGUGUAGCCGGCUGCCCCGAGCCCAGGCCGGACCACGCCUACUGCUGCGUAGAGAUGGGCCUGGGCAUGAUCCAGGCCAUCGAGCAGUUCUGCCACGAGACGUGCGAGACCGUCAGCAUGCGUGUCGGCGUCCAUACGGGCACCGUCCUGUGUGGGAUCCUGGGAAUAAAGCGCUUCAAGUUUGAUGUAUGGUCGAAUGACGUCAAUCUGGCUAACUUGAUGGAGCAGCUGGGUGUGGCGGGCAAGGUCCACCUGUCCGAAGCUACGGCCCGAUUCCUGGAUGACCAUUACCAGAGGGAGGACGGCCAGGUGGCAGAGAGAGCCGGUCAGAGUGUGGUGGAGAAACUGAAGGGGCUAAAAACCUACCUGAUCUCAGGAAGGAAGUCGGAGCUGGAGGUGCAGUGUGGCUGCUCUCAGGUGGGACGGUCGGGCGGGGAUUUGGUUGGGGUCAGCCUGUCCUCCUGUUCUCAGCCCUGCACACCGGACCUCAUCCCAGGGGGAGCACAGGCUGCUGAGCUCCUGCUGCCAAACCAACAUCCAGACAGGAGCGGGCCUCCCUUUGUGACCCGUAGUGUGAACUUGUCUUCGGGAGCAGAGCAGGGUGAAGAUGUUGCUGUGCUGAACGGCUGCCAAGAGGAGCACAAGACCAGCAGUGCCAAGUUCAUCCCAGGUCACAGUCCCAGAGCAGCCAACGGUCUCCUGAGUCCCCCGCUGGAGGACCCAGUGCGAGCCAGCCAGAGCUCCCUGUGCGACAUGCUUCAGGAGAAAGAGAAGAAGACCAGCACCAGCACGGGAACUGGCACCAGUCUAGGCAUGGCUGGUGGCACAGGGACAGCCGGCACAGGAAUGGAUCACUCUGCUCUGAUCCACCUGCGAGCCAAGAACUUCAGAGAAAAGAGUGACGUCCACUUUGUGGAUGUUAUCAGGGAGGACAGUCUGAUGAAGGACUACUUUUUCAAGCCACCAAUCAACAAGAUCAGCCUCAACUUCCUAGAGAGACCUCUGGAAAAGGCUUAUCGCAGCAGCUACAAGGAGGAGGUGAAGAACCUGGUGCAAGUGCAGACAUUUGCGAGCUCCACCUUCAGCUCCUUCCUGGAUGUUCUUCUCAGCUGUUUUUUCUUCCUGGCCCUGACACUGGCCUGUUUCCUUCCACCUCUGGUGAGCCAGGACCCUGUGGUCCCUCCAGCUCCCGCUGCCCUGGCCCUGACUCCGCUGGCUGGCCUGUUGGAGCUGGCCUCCCUGGUGCUCUCCAUACGCAUGGCCUUCUAUCUGGAGAAGGUGAUGAACUGUACCCGCUCCCUGCUCCUGGUGGUCUCUGGAUGGGUCCCCCGUCACGUGAUUGGGGCUGUGUUAGUCUCCCUCCCCGCCAUCUCUGUCUUGUCCCACCUCACCUGCAGUGUCCACUUGCCCCUCCAGGUGACCAUGUUCCUGUGCUGUGCCACCAUCCUGGCCAUCAUCCAGUAUUGUAACUUCUGUCAGCUAAGUUUUUGGAUGCGCUCAGUCCUGGCCACUGCUACGGGGGUCGCCCUGCUGCUGUUGCUGUACAGCCCAUUGCACAGGUACAGCUCCGGUAAUAACAGCUUGCCAGUUCAUGGACUGAACAUCUCCACAUCCAGUGAUGGGGAUUCAGCGUUAGUCACACCUGAACCUCCCCCUCGACCUCUUGACCUUCUGGUCCCAGAGGCUGUCCUGGCCUUCUUCCUGCUUUUGCUCCUGGUCUGGUUCCUUAACCGUGAGUUCGAGGUCAGCUACCGUCUCCAUUACCAUGGCAAUGUAGAGGCUGACAAACACCGCUCCAAGAUCCAGACGAUGCGAGACCAGGCUGAGUGGUUACUGGGCAACAUCAUCCCCAUCCAUGUCGCUGACCAGCUCAAGGUGACCCAGAGCUACUCCAAGAAUCACGACAGUGUGGGCGUGAUCUUUGCCAGUAUUGUAAACUUCAGUGAGUUCUAUGAAGAAAGCUACGAGGGCGGAAAAGAGUGCUACCGCGUUCUCAAUGAGCUCAUUGGAGACUUUGACGAGCUCCUGCGCAGACCCGAAUUCAAAAGCGUGGAAAAGAUCAAGACGAUCGGGGCCACCUACAUGGCUGCGUCCGGACUGAAUGUCCGGCAGUUGGCUGAGAAUGACGAGGACUCUCCACACGCUCACCUGAGGGCUCUUUUCAACUUUGCCCUGGAGAUGAUGGGCGUCCUGGACGACUUCAACAAGAACAUGCUGGGUUUUGGUUUCAAGCUCCGCAUUGGGUUUAACCACGGGCCUCUGACAGCGGGGGUGAUCGGCACCACCAAGCUGCUCUAUGACAUCUGGGGAGACACGGUUAACAUUGCCAGCCGCAUGGACUCCACCGGGGUGGAGUGUCGGGUGCAGGUGAGCGAGGAGAGCCAUGCUGUGCUCAGUUCCAUGGGCUUAGAGUUUGACUAUAGAGGUACAGUUAAUGUUAAGGGCAAAGGUCAAAUGAGGACCUUUCUGUACCCCAAAAGUGGAGAAAGUACAUAUGAAUAUCGAAAGGAGCUGGACGCCAGCCUCGGAUCCUCUUCCAUGGCAUCAUUGGUGAAUAAGACUUCGGAAUCUGUUACCCAGGCAACAGCUCUUCCUCCCUCUUCUUCCACUCCUUCUUCCUCCCAUCUUUCCACACUCCAUCCUCAACCACAAAGUGCUGUGAGGCCUUCAAGAGCAGGGCCUGAGCCUGUCCAAGCAGAGUCCACAGAGGCGAGGGAGGAGGGAUAUAGGGACCCUCCACACCUCCCUGGGCAGUCCUCUGCCACAGACCUUCACCUCCCUCCCCACUCUGAACUGGGCACAGAGCCUAGUGCUGCACAAGAGCAGCCCGCUCCUCUCGCACUUCAAGAGGAGGAGGAGGAAGAGGAGGAGGCCGACGAGCUAUCAAAACUCAACGAGGAGUUUUAUGCUCGUCUCUGAUCCCUUCCCUCCUCUCUUCCUGUGACUUCUGUCCCCCUGCUGCCCCAGCUGCUGUCUGACUCUCCGGGACCGAUCGCAGGUGCGGGCAGGAUGUCCCUUUCUUUAGGCAUAGCUAAGGUGUCUUUAUGCACGGAUGAUGAAGGGGGAGUUUGUCACUCUAGCACAAACAGUGGCUAUAAAAAUGGCUACUAAUGACUUUGAUGGUAAUGUUGCCUAAGUCCUGGGGAGGGCUAGACCUGUGUUGAGCACAGCAGAGUUUAGGCUGAAAGGGGUUUAGAGGGAAGGAAGACUGAUGGUGUUGUUCUUGGUGUUUUUACUUCUUCAUUUUUGUUAUUAAGUGCCUUCAGGACUAGAACAGUGAAUGAACAAAUAUAAAUUACUGAACAAAGUUUUAAACAUGUUAGAUGACGAAACAUGCUGUGGUUUCUUACUCCAUGCUUUUAUUUUCAAUGCAAGUAUUUCUUAAAAAAAACAUUAUCGUUGUGCCAUAUCAUUUGUUUUAACUUGAUCAAAGUCUUGACCUUACUUAAGGGAAAAUUGUUUGAGAUUCUAUAUAAGGGCCAGUGCAGCAUGAUGGGCUGAGCAGGGAACUAUGGGAAGAAUGAGGGAAUCACAUCAAGCAGUGUUAAUUUAUGUCUUCUGCUCUGACUUGAGGGCUUAAUACAGUAUUCAUUUGUGCUCGAGUCUCAGUAAACAGAGACAUGCUACAAAGCAGGUUGCAUAGAUUUUAGUUUGUGUAGCAGCUAAAUGCACAUUUUAAGCACAGGUCUUGCACAGUGUUUUCUCGACCACUUGUAUUUGGAAGUUAUUACCGCAGAGUGGCUCUAAAAAUGCCUACUAAUGUCUUUCAUGGUAAUGGUGAAAUAGCUUUUAAGAACAUUUAAACAGAGUUCUUGUCUGUCGCAACGAGUACAAUCAAAAGCACAAAAUCAAAUCAGAUAAGGGACGUUAGAUUUGGAGGUAAAGGUGGUUGUAAAAUGUGAGAUCAUCACUAAAGCAGGAAGGCACUUUAAAUAUACUUAAAGUUAUACUCCACCCAAGAUGUGUCUUUGAGUAUGAAACACAAUCCCAACAUCUGGGCACCGUAGUAUUUCUUUUUUUUGGGGGGGGGCUGUGUUAUGUCUUUUUCAUUAAAGCAGACAGUAAAGUAAUGACUUGAAGUAAAUAAGAGGAGAGAAAUAUGAGGAUUAACAUUCAACAAAGGUCCCAGGCCACCCAGGAAACGGAGAUGUUAGGGUUCGAAAUUUGACCCCCCAAAGCCAGCAAGGGCCCUGUAGUCUUUAGUAAAUGUUUCUUAAACAGGAAUAAAUAGUUAAUUUGUUGGGGACUGUAUUCAGUGGAUAAUGUGGUGAGCUAGUGAAUAUUUACAGCAGCAGGAUAGUGUAUGUGGGAUUGACUCAAAAUGAAAAUACAAAGCCGAUUUUUGUUGUAAUGAAGGAAAAUGGAACCCAGUACAACGAUGUGGCUCAUUUAUUAGUUUUUGGUCAACAACGGAGCUCGAAGGCACAGAGGAAUAAGAUUUAUCAGACUUUUACUACAAAGACGAUACUUGUUAAUAUCAUCAAUUCAUUGUUUGGUCUUUUCAUGGAAUUUGUUAACCAUCAGAAGAAAAAAACACCAGACUUAUCCAAUAACGCCAACAGAGGGGUGAGCGUUUGAUACUCAAAAGAUUUUGAGUGGAGUGUCAUGUGAAGUGUUACUGUGAUGGACAAUCACUGUGUAGUUAUUGAUAGAUGAUUGGGUGGUCCACAUUCAAAGCACAGAUCAACCACAGUUUCUACAUUGCUGUGUUUAAAACCUCAAACUCAAAUUUAGUUCCAAUCGUUGCCUUCAUCGCCAGAAGAAAAAACAGACAUUGGUCAGUCCGUCACUAUAGAUUUAUUCAAUAGUUAAGUAUUGUCUGCUUUAGCUAUGUGAUUUGCUGUUAAAGGGGUGGGACUUUCAACUUCAUCCAAUCACAGCCUUUAUACAGAGGGGGCCCUCUGCUGUAUCAAUAUACUUAAAUUGUGCCACUUUAAUUGAGUGAUCUAUAGGUGCAGUGCGACCUAAACUAGCUGAUUGUUUUGUGGUGCCUAAAAAGUAUGACUGUAUUUUUGGAGUAUCUUGGUUUUCAGAGUUUUUUUAAUCAUGCUGUUUUCAUAAUGAGGAUAGAAUUAUGAUUGUAUGUUUGAGGAAAUGAUGCUCGUUGUGCAGGUUUGCUGCCAUUUCUUUGGGGGACAAAUUCCAUCUUAUUUUUUAUUUUUUUCUCUUUUCCAGUUCUUUCAGUCUGUCAACAACCGGUCGCCUGGAAUAGUGUGGUGGUGGUGGUGGUGGCGGUGGUGGUGGUGUUAUCAUUGCAUAGCUGGCUCCUCUUAGUUCUCUUUGCUCUUUACUCACUUCAUGCUUUUGUCUUUACUCCUAACAGCACUUCCCCUCCUGUACUUUGGGUGUAUGUGUGUGAGAAAGUAAUUUCAAUAACACAGAAAAGAUCACUGUAGUAUGAUGCAACAAAGAAAUCAAUCAACUACACGGCCACUGUUAAACUGUUAUUUUGCUGUCGCUACCUUAUCUGUAGAGGAAUAUCACACACUUAGUUGCAUUCUUUAAAAUGGAGAAAAGAAGGCCUUAAAGUUUGAAAUCUAAUCCUGCAAACACAAAACACCGCCACAUCUUUCAGAGACAGGUCAACAGUCUUACCUUGAGAGGCUAUGGCCACACGGAGAUACAGAGAUGAGAAGGGAACCAUCACUAGUUAUGAAGCCGUCUCCAUCCAUAGCAUUAAAAGGAACCCUACCCACUCCAAACAUACACAACCAGUGCCUUAUGAAUCAGGAAUACGUUUAAUCAGCGUGUUUGAGCUGUGAGAAUAUGUAUCAAAUAAUCAUGAUAGCAUUUGUAGCAUAAAUGUGUUAAAAUCCAAAGAAGUUUCUGCAGAAGCUGUCACUCUAAAUUAAGACACAAAAAUAGCUACACAGGAUCUGCUUUGUUGGCACAAAUCCUUGUGAUUGCUUUGAAAUAUUUUUCUAACGGGCACAUUCAUGCAUAUCCUAAACACGCUCGAGUUUGCCAAAACUAAUAAACCAUACCAUACAAAGUAAACGAAACAGAUCAGAAUAUCAAGUAUAAGUUUUGAAGGAAAGUUCCUAUUUUUUCCCAGACAAUAUGUGAGAAACCCUUCUGCCUCACGUUGUUAGUUAAUCCGUGGUGCGUUGCAGGACAUGUUAGUUAAGCCCUAGCUUGCACAGCAGUGACAGAAACUAGCCAUAGUAGAUUUAAGAUGCGGGGCUCCACCUGUUGAUGGGCGCACCACCUCUCCAGUAGCGCACAUCUGUACACACGUAUAAAUAAAAUACUAAAGUGAACACUGCUGGCUCUGUUAUCUGUGAUACAGUGGGGGGAGAAGUGUGUGUUAGCUUUUUUUGCAUGGGAAGGAAUGAGCAGUUUUCUUUUCUUGCCCGACACACUACAUUUUCAGUCUGACCCUGCACCAUACUAUCAUUCUUUUUUAUUUCAUUUCAAUAGCAUUCUUUCUACACUAAUAUUGAUCAAUAAGCAUGUAGUGCCAGCAAGAGGGAUUCUUCAAAUCACUAAGCUUUGCUCAUUUAAGGUUACUUGGUUUGUAUCCUUCCCUGACAGUGUAUUGAUUAUGUGUGUGUGACAAUAACUGUUUUAGUUUUGGCAGAGGGAAAGGAGUGUCUUUAGAGCCCCAUUGCUCCAGUUAAGAGAAUGCAGAAAACAGCCCUGUUGUGAGGAGAAGUUUAUGGCAUUUAGUCAUUACCUUUUGUUAAAGAAAUGUGAUUUUACUUUGUAACAGAAAAAUAAGGGAGAGAGUGUUUUAUUAGCACUUGUUAAAAUCAUCACAGCAAAUCAGCAUUGCCUAAUCACUCAUUUAAAUGGUGACAGCUCCACAUAUUUUCAUUAUAAAUUCAAUCCAUAUGUGUUUCAAAUUACACUGGGACAAAAAAAAUGACACAGUUGUUUGAUUGAUUUAAAAUAUUUGUGUAUUUGUGUUAUGUUCAUGAAUGAGAUGUAUUAUGUAUGUUUUUGUGCACAUUACCCAUGUAUCAUUUAUCAACCACAUGAUCGUAAUCUGUACACAUUUGCACAAAGCACUCAGUGUUUGUACAUAUGCAGUUAUUUUAUGUCACAUAUGAUUUUUUUUUAUACAUGUGCAUGUGCCAGAUUUUUGCCAGAAAACAAUGAAAAAGCGACACUUAUUAUCAAAUUGGUUCAAUGUGUGUCUGUUUGAGUAGUGGGGAGUGAUAUCAUUUUAUUACUUUUUUUUUUUUUUUUUCAGUACGAGAGAAAUAAAUCUCCAAGCAGAAAACAGUUGAGUAGACUGUGAAAUAUAAAGCGGAGAUGAAUUCACGUUAAACAGAUAAUCAGACUGAAUUGCGAUUAUGUUUUUAUUAUUAUUAUUAUUUUAUCAGAGAUGUGGGCAGUCAGGCUAUAUUCACAUUGGAGGUUGGCCAAGUUUAGGAAAGAUAGUUACAAACCUGUCAAUAAGGUGGAAAAGUCUCUGAUCAAAUAAUAAUAUUAAUAAUAAUAAUAAUGGAUUGUAUUUAUAUAGCACACUUUAAAAUUCAAUGAAAUCCCAAGGUGCUGUACAGGGUAAAACAAUCACAAUAAUCAAAUAUAAUAAUAAAACGCUAAAAACAAAUAAAAAAUAAAAUAAAUGAAUUCAUUUAAUCAUAAUAAAAUCUGAUCAGCCAGCUAAUGACAAA